AUGGUUCGCCGAAGGAGCCUUGCGUGUGCCCUGGUUCUCCUUGGCAUCGUCGAUGGAUUCAUCGCGCCUGCUUUCAUCCCGCCAGCGACAGCGGGGGCACGGGUCAAGUUACCAGUGGCAAGCUCAGGAACCAUAGCGGGAGCAGCGCGGAGGGCUCCGUUCGUCGCCAGGAGAAGCAGCGCUCUAACAAUGACUGCCAACAAGGCACCGGACCGGACCGCCAUCGCCAACGCCGCGCCCUUAACCUUCGCCGCGGGGUGCUCGGCCGUCGCCAGCGCUGUUGCCGAGAUUAGCCCACACGCCGCCGCGUUUGUUCAGCUCGUGUGCCUCUCGAUUUGGCUCGGAAUGAGUGUCUACGCCACCUUCAUCUGGCCGGUCAUCACAGGCUUGAACAUGCGGGACUCGUCCGAGUUCGCAUCUUUGCUCGGGAAGCUGGGACCAUCUUACCUUCAGCUAUCCGUGGCGAUGAUCAUGAGCCUGGGAACGUCGAGUCUCGUGAUUGGACACGCGAACACAACGCAACUUGUUAUCCUCGGGAUAGCCCUCGGCAUCACUUUGUACAACGCCAUCGUGCUAGAGCCGUCGGCAAUAGAGGCUCUUGAGGAGGAGCAGGUGACUGGAUGGUGA